GAAGUGUCAGUUAAUGUAAACACCAAUUGAUGUGUGAUUUAAAAGGUUUUGUUUUUGUUUAAGUGAUUGAAGUGAUUGUCAGUCGAUAUGGAUAUCAAUACAUCAUCUGAAUUGGCUUUUAAUGCCAUUAAACAAAGUUUCAAUAAUUAUAAAAACUUUAUAAAACAAAAUCCAAUAAUUGCUUCAGAGAUUGAGUCGGCGUUGCGGUGGAUAUCGUAUCUGAUAACAGCGACCAAAUUAAACAACAGUCACAUUGUUUCCGAGUUGUUGUACUCGUGUUCGUCAUUAUUAUCCCUUUUGAAUGAUACCAUCUUAAGGAAGUCCUAUAACAUUAAGAUUAAUGCCAACUCAGUGGUAGAAAAUCUUGAGUUAGUUCUCACAUUCAUUGAAUACAUUCAAGUCUUCUCCGAGUUUACCGCAUAUCGAGUCUAUGGUUUAGUUGGCAAAUGGGUUAUUGUUUCUGUUAUUCAGAUAACUAAAGUGAUAAUCCGCUUAAUACUUCUGCUGAAGUAUAAUCAGGGUCUUCAAAGACAUCAAUUAAUUCCAGCUUUAGAUCGUUCCCGUGAUUUAUCACUUGCAGCUGAUUCUCCACCUAAUGGUCUACAUUCAGCAAGUUCUUCCGCUUCAGUUACUGAAGACGAGGACAUAGAGUCGGCAACAUUUAAGCUCAAGAGAACGGGUCGUGUGUUGCGAACCAUAGAGAGUGCACCGCCGAGAACGCAGCGGACAUGGCUCUCACCACAGGAUAACUUUAAUAUAAAGCGAAUCCUAGAAAAGCAAAAACGAACAGCACUUCCAUCUGAUUUAACUGAUUUACAGAUAAUCGGCGAAAUCUUACAUAUUUUGAAACCAGUUUUGCAUUUAACAUCGUUGGCUGGUUUUGGACCAAAAUCCUGGACGCCGUACUUAUUGUCAUUAGGUUUGGAUGUAACCAGUCUUCGGUUAUUAAGUAAUCCUCCAAAUAAGAUGUGGAAUUUAAAUGAAAGAAUUGAAUUAACUCAGCGAUCAUUUAGUUUGUUGUUAUACCUCAUGAGAUCUCCCUUUUAUGAUAAUCAUACAAAAGAGAGAAUAUUGAUUGUCUUGAGAUUUAUGGUCAAUCAUAUUCCCAUUUUUGGACGACUUAUUCGACCAAUUAUUGAAUAUUUACCUGAAUGGCAAAAAACAUAUUUCUAUGUUUGGAGUGUUUAGUGAAUUAAUAAUUACCAAUAAAUUCAUCUAUUUUUAACUUUUUAUAUAUAUAUAUAU